AUGCCUACCCUGUCGGAUUUCUCAGCUACUUCCAGAGAGCUAAGGGUCUUGCCUCUGUUUGCGUCACCACUCCCGCGCCUGAGCCCAAAAUUCGAGCCGCAGCUACCAGAGCAGCUGGGUGGAGAAAACAACGGAGUGGAAAAGUAUGAAGUCGUUAUCUCUGGGGCGGGUCCCGCAGGUUUGAUGCUUGAGCUGCUCCUGGCUCGCUACGGCCUAUCUGACACAUCCCUUCUUUGCCUGGAUCCCAAACCAAGUUCGCUGAAAUCUGGCCAGGCUGAUGGUCUUCAGCCCCGCACACUUGAAGUGCUGAAGAGCCUGGGACUGGCCAAUGAGAUCCUCACAGAAGGUUGUCAGAUGUGGCAAGUUGCCUUCUGGAAUCCUACUGCGGACCCGGAAUUGGUAGCUCAAGGGCGUCUAAUUGAGCGAACCUCUAUUGUGCCUGAUAUCUGCGUCCCAGCACGCUUCCCGCACGAAGUUACAAUCCAUCAAGGGCGCAUCGAGCGUAUCUUUGAGGAUAACUUGCUAAAGUACUCCAAACGUGGGGUCCAGAGAUCUAGCAUGCUGGUUGGCGUCAAGAUAGAUGAAGAAGGGGAUCCAGAAUUUCCAGUAAUCGCACAAAUAGACGUGGAUGGUGUACGGCGCACGAUCCGUACAAAGCAUCUCGUCGGGGCAGAUGGCGCGCGAUCUACGGUUCGCAAUUGCAUGGGCCUCCGGUUGCAGGGUGACUGGACAGACCAUGUUUGGGGAGUUGUUGAUUUCGUUGCUGAUACGGAUUUCCCUGAUAUUCGAAGACGAACUGCAAUUCAUUCCCCUGUUGGAUCAGUCAUGGUCAUCCCUCGCGAACAAAUUGCAAAUGGGGACUAUCUUACCCGGCUAUAUGUGCAGGUUCACGAAGAUGUGAACCCCGAGAAUGGCCAAUAUGACGGAAGCAGCAAUGAGUCGGCAGCGGACGCGAAGACUCGUAGGAACAAAGUUACCCCUGAAAGCAUAUUGAAGCAGGUUCAAUCUGUUCUGAAGCCGUACUACAUCAAGCCGAAAGACAAUGAAGCUGUGGAUUGGUGGACGGCUUAUCAGAUUGGACAACGGGUGGCUGACAAAUUCAUCGUGAAGGAUUCAAAAGGAGUGCAAAGAGUGUUCAUCGUCGGAGACGCUUGCCACACCCAUAGCCCGAAGGCGGGACAAGGAAUGAACGUUUCAAUGAUGGAUGCCUAUAAUGUCGCAUGGAAAUUGGCCUACUAUAUCAAUGGCCUUACUCCCGCAUCUAUAGAUAACCUCCCGGACCCAAUUCUUGACACCUACCACGAAGAACGACAUACCGUCGCCCAACAACUUAUUGAGUUUGACAAAUCCUUCUCUUCCAUGUUUUCCGGGAAGAUUGGCGCAGCGAAUGUCGCAAGUGUAAAUGGUGCCAACGGGUUAUCGCACGAUCAGUUUCUCGACGUUUUCAAUACCGGAAAUGGUUUCACUAGUGGUUGCGGUAUUGAGUAUCCAGAAAACCCCCUCGUCGAGAAGAACUAUGCCAUGAACCCUAUCGAAAAUACAGACUAUCUGUCAGGGAUUCUACGUCCAGGACGGAGACUUCUGAACGUACGGGCGAAGCGCCAUGCAGAUGGGAGUCCCCGAGAUCUCCAGGACGAUUUCCCUUCCACCGCAAGGUUCCGCAUCUUACUUCUGACCUCAAAUGACCUCCUUUCUCCAACAGGCAUAUCCGCCGCCGCCAUCAGAAGUAUCUCAGGGACACUUCUCACUAAUACCUUCCCCGCUUCCAUUUUGGAAUUGGUUGUUGUUCAUCCGGAGCUUAAACCGGACUUCCUUUGGGAGGAGGUCCCUGGUGAACUGAAAAAGCAUGCGGAGAUGCGUUUUUAUGAUGGGAGUGCGUUGCAGGAUGUCUAUGCUACCUAUGGAGUGCCUGCAGAUAAGGGGGUUAUUGCAGUUGUAAGGCCAGAUGGAUAUGUUGGUGUGCUUGCUGCUUUGGAUGACGUGCAACGAGCCGAGAGGUAUCUGAGGAGGUGUCUGCGGGCGAUUUAA